CACACAGAAUCAGGGUUUAUUUCAGUUUGGCAACGUUAUCGGAAUGAAGCACAACAGAAGUAACAAUAAAGCAGCAACCUCCAAGUGAACUUGGUUGGUCUACUAUUCUUCUUUUUUACCAGCCCCUCCGCCGGAAACAAGAUUUAAGCUUAACUGUUAGGAGGAUACUUGGAAACAUUUUUUGGAAAUACUCCUAGAGGAGCAAGUUGUAGUUCGUAAGAUCGAUCUGAACCAGUUUAAAUAUAGCAAACAAGAAUAAAAAGAAAUAUAUUGUGCUUAGAUAAAUUCAUUAUUGAGUAUAAGUGAAUGUGAAGUAUUUUAGAGGCAUAACUGAAACAUGGCAAAAUUUUAAACAAUCGAGAAUAUAUUAUUGCUGAAAAUAACCAUACUAAAGAGAAUACCCGUACUAGUGAAAAGUUUGUAAUAUUAAGGCAAACGGAAUAAUUCAGCUACAUUUCGUGUAAAAUAGUUGAUAACAUGGAAGAAAACAUGAAUUCACAUUGAUUUAUAGUUUUGUGUAUUUAUUUUUGAAGAAAGAGUAUUUAUAUCAGAAGAAGAAAACUUGGAAUGUAAUCCUGUGCGUGACGAAAAGCUUUUCUUCAGUCAAACCAGUUCGCAACCGUUUGUUAUCACUGGCGGAAAAAGCGCAAGCUGGCCCUACAAUGACCCCGCCAAUCACGUGCGUGUAUGAGUGUGCGUUACAGUCAGCAGUCUGAGUGAAUCUGGGUCAUUGCAAAAAGUUGCGGAAACAGUGCCGAGGAAUCCGGUUGCUCAGCCAUGGAGUUGGGAGGUGAAGUGCUCACUAUGGGGCUGGCACUGAAGCUGCACCAGAAGAUACCACCGGGGGCGGCUUUGGACUUUGGCGAGUUUCGAAGGGAAAACUCAAACACGGCGGCCUUCAUUAGCGACUGGGGUAGCGAUCAGGCCCAGGAGACAGCACUGAACGAUACCAGCUUCUACGAGGAUAAUGAGUUGUUCUACCGCCAUUCGGCCACCAUGACCGUCGUGUACUGCGUAGCCUAUUUCGUAGUGUUCCUGGUCGGUCUGGUGGGUAACAGUUUCGUAAUCGCCGUCGUGUUCCGAGCGCCCCGGAUGCGUACCGUAACCAACUUUUUCAUCGUGAAUCUAGCUGUGGCCGAUGUGCUUGUGAUAGUUUUCUGUCUACCAGCGACACUCAUGAGCAACAUCUUCGUGCCAUGGAUGCUCGGCUGGUUAAUGUGUAAAACUGUACCUUAUAUACAGGGAGUCUCAGUCGCUGCCUCCGUCUAUAGUCUGAUAGCAGUUUCGCUGGAUCGGUUCCUCGCCAUCUGGUGGCCACUGAAACUGCAGAUCACGAAACGGCGCGCUCGUUUCAUGAUUGUGUGCAUAUGGAUCAUAGCGCUAGGGUCUACCAUACCGUGGGCGUUGUUCUUCGAGCUGUUGCCCAUCAUUCCCGAGGCACCCGAUGUCAAACUAUGCGUUGAGGUUUGGCCACCGGGCACGGACGGUGCCCUCUACUUUCUACUUGCGAAUCUGGUAGCCUGCUAUCUACUGCCCAUGACACUAAUCACCAUUUGUUAUAUAUUGAUCUGGAUUAAGGUUUGGCGGCGAUCCAUCCCAGGUGACUCAAAGGACGCUCAGAUGGAUCGAAUGCAGCAAAAAUCCAAGAUCAAAGUUGUUAAAAUGCUUGUUGUAGUUGUUAUACUAUUUGUACUAUCUUGGCUGCCGCUGUAUGUAAUCUUCGCACGAAUUAAACUCGGUGGUGCCCUAGAAAGCAACGAGGAAGAAAUGAUACAAAUUGCGACACCGAUUGCCCAAUGGCUUGGGGCAUCGAACUCAUGCAUCAAUCCAAUACUGUACGCUUUUUUCAACAAAAAGUACCGGAAAGGAUUCGCGGCCAUAAUAAGAUCUCGGAAAUGCUGCGGACGGUUGAGAUACUACGAAACUGUAGCCAUAGCGUCGUCAUCCACCAGCACCCGAAAAUCGUCGCACUAUCACAACAGCAGCAAACGUCCACAGUACAGUCCAUCAAUGAAAUCAGUUGACGCAGUUUCCUAUAUCUAUGAGGAAAAGGGUGGCCGAAAGCAUCACGCGAUUUCCAAGCAAGACAGUAACCUAUCCCGACAUAUGCUCCUCAAGCAGGAUAGCAGUAUAUCGCGCCAGACACUGCUGAAACAGGACAGCAUCGCCUCACGAUCCGCAAUACUAUAUCGCCAAGAUAGCGACAAUUCGCGUCAGAUGCUUCUGAAGCAGGAUAGUAGCGGCUCACGGGAUAUGCUUUCCAAGCAAAGCUCGGCCUCGGACUCAAUCUCACGCCAGGAUAGUCAGAUUUCAUACAUUGAGCCUCGCAAAGGCAUCCUGUGCAAACAGGAUACACAAAUCUCGUACAUUGAAAAUACGAGUGCGAGCAAAAAAUACUCCUCCUCGCUUUCAAGCCAGGACAGCGUCCUAUCGAUCAUUGAACACAAAAGACACAGACUCGUAAAACAAGACUCAAUUUUCUCAUUCAAUGAGCCCAAGUCAGGUAAGAGCAAGCCUUCCCAUAGUUGGUGUCCAAGCACGUCUCCUGCACGUAACAGCACGACAUUUCCUAUUGCACAACCACCACCACUAUCACUAGUUAAUCCGCCUGCCACUACUACCACCACCACCACUAGUAGGCCGCUUGUCGGAGCUCGUAGUUUUUGUCCACCUGUCCACCACCAUCAUCAUUUGUACCACCACCACUUACCACAGUGCAAAAGUCAGCGUCGCACGUCGUUCAGGCUCCUACCGGCCAUUAACCAACGGCACCCUCUAUUGUUCUUGCUCGUUGUAGUGUACGAGAGUACUGCAGCCGCGCCUCCAAACAAGCGGCACCAGCUGGUCAAACAGCACUCCGUUAUUUCCUUUGCCGACCAGAAACGUGGCGGCAGUCUCACCAAACAGGACUCGGUCACGACUAUCCAUCGAACCGGCAACGGCGAAGGUCCGUACAUAUCAUCCAUCCUAAAGAAAACUGACUCACAGUGCAGUUCAGCGUCACCGAUAAGGAAAAAUAUUGGAUUUUUCGAAGGAUAAAUCAAGAUAAGUGUGUGCACGCGGAACCAUGCACCGAAGGCCUGUGCCGCGCCUUCUGUCAUUCCCAUCGCCAAUGCCUUUCUGCGUUACCAAUUGAUGUGAGGAUACCAAUACAUGCUGCCUAUCGUAGAGGGAAGACCCCUUAGAGUGACUGCUAGUCCUAGUUCUUGCCUCCAGCUAGGGAUACAUAUAGUAUGCGAGGAAAUAACGAUAAAAAAUCCAUUCUUCACAACCCGCUACCAGUCAUCGUGUUCGAAAGUGACAACGUUACUCAACCCCACAACCAACGUUUAGAAACAUCAUCGCAUCCUCCAUCUAUCGGCAGUGAACGAACAAAAACAGCCGCUCACCUUUAAAAAAAUGAUGUUAGCAAAGAUAAACCCUACGGCGUCCUGCACACACAAAAAAAAGUUCAAACGGACAUGAAAUGUGCGUCAGAUAUAUGCCCUAGCACUAAUGUUUUCGCUUUUCUAUAUUAGAUAAGAGAGAAAAAAAUCUGACUUCUCCCACCGCACUAACCGGCGCACAUCCGUAACGUAUCUCGACCCUUUUCCAUCACAGUACAUAUACCACCGCCCACUAAGGAUUGCUGCAGGCAGUUCAGCAACCAGCGCAGCGGCUAUCAUUUUCCAUUUACAAACUCGCUAUAUUUUAUCUCCAUCAACAUCAAUUUACUAAUCGACUAAAUUGCGAAAGAUACAACAGCCCGCGUGCACACAGAAUCAUUCACCCACCCGCAGACAGGAUUACACCCCACACUCACCCCAAAGCGCACACAUACAAACUGACACAUCAUACGGGGAGAGAUGUCAGUAGAAGAAAAAAAAACGCCGCAAAACAUCAUUGUCACCGCUGGAUCAGGCUGAUCCGAUCCGAUCAGCAGGCGAUGGUUCAUGAGUUGUGAUCGUUUUGGUAUUUAGGUACGUAUGUGUGUGUGUUAAUGAGUAUGUACGAGGCAAGGCAUACUGAAAUAUAUCUGCAAGAAAUACAAAAAAAUGCAAAAGGCAAGGCCUGCAGCAUAAGUAUUAUCACAUCACACUGUAAGUGUGCCCAAAAAAAUGCACGUAAGCAUCAGUUUAGUUUGGGUUUACGUGUGCGACUAACGAAUUUUAAAGUGAAAUCAACUUGAACAAAACUAAACCAACUCGUGUACGAAGCAACAAAUAAUACGCUAUUAAAAUAAAAGAUAAUGGAAGAACGUUAGGCAUUAGGGAAACCAGAACGUCUAGCACAGAGUUGCAAAGCAUUAUCGCGAUAUCAAGAGUGAGUCAGACUAAAUUAAGCAUGUUGACAACAACCAAUCUCCACAGCUAGUGAGAAAGAGCUUUUUUAUGCUAAGGUAACAUAAGCUUUACAAAGUACGACAGAGUUUGGGGAGCCAGCCUUUCUGUACAUUUUUAACACUGAUAAUUCCGUUGUUCUAUUGUAUCCUAUUAUAUUCGAUCGUACAUUUUAGAGUUUAGUGAGUGCAUUCUGCAUCAGUUGUGGUGUGCUGUGUUGAUUGACGGUGACGUUUUUUGAGUUGUUACUGAAUUAACGCACGCGAGAGCAAGAGUUUCGUUUUUUUUAAAUGGCUUAGUUAUUUUCUACUCUUUUAUUACCUCGAAACAACAUGGCGAAGGUAUAAUUUGUAGAAUCCCAAAAAAUUGGCACUCAAUGAUUUGUUCAUCCGGUUCCUGUUUCUAGUUAGGCACUACUUUUUCUAAGUUCUAAUUCUUGAUCACUGGAAUUCGUCCCUUGUUCACCGUGCUAAAACACUAUUUAAAAAAUAAAUUAUUUCAAGUAUAGCAGCUACACAUUAUAUUGGUUAUAUCAGGUACAUACACAAAAUUAACGAAUUGGGCACUAUGACAACUAAUGAAAACCCUACUAAAUAGUUACAACCAUGGUGUAUAAAGAUAUGGUGUAAAAGAAUGUCAAAAAACAGUAUCAGCCAUAUUGGAAAAUUUUGGGACUCAGAGUAUUUAUCAUCAUAUCAUAUCAUCAUAUCAUCAGCCACUGCACAAACUCAAUCGCAUCCAAAAAUUUAUUUUUUAUACGUAUUCGAAUGGCAAUAUCGACAAUGUUACAUACCUUGCUAAUGAUAUUCAUGCACCCGAAAAGCACUUCACAAUUUAAAACAAACACAAACGAUAUCAUUUUUCUAGUAAGGAGUUUUUUUUUUGCUGCUUACGGAAUCUUCACCGCCACCCCUUAAAAGCACAACAAAGCUUUAUCCAUUUCACCAUGUUUUAUUCUUCAUGGGUUACACCAGCAAUAGGAUUCGUCGUCAACGUUAGGAAACCCAAAUUUACUAUCUAUCCACUGCCGGAUAAAUCAUGCUUUGUACGAUAUUGAGCUACCACUUGUCAGCAUCCUCGUUGGCAGCACACAUCCAACAAAAGUGCGGUCUACCGCGAAGUCGACAGCUUUUGUCAUGGUUCGUGCUGGUUGCUUACCCACAUUCCCACGUUUGCGCAUAUUCGACCAUAUCCGCAGAUCGACUAUACCCGCAACCGUAGAGAAACUUGUUCGCGGCCUCUGUCCGUUCCACCGACUGAUCGGAAGCCGUGUUCAAGGAAUGAAUAGUUUCGUAUUGACUGAACCAUACGCUUCCUUGACAUCUGUAAACAGAUGAAGAAAAACUUCCCUUUUUUUAACUUUUAUGACGACAGAUCGUUGAGAUCCUAUGCCGAAACCAGAAUACGUCUCCACAAAACUCGGUCUUAGGUUGCUCCUCUCCAGUCUCCCCUUACAAUCGCUGCUCUGGCAUCCUCGUCGACAGCACACAUCCAGCGCGUGCGUGGUCUGUCUCGAAGUCGUCGGCCUCUAUCCGGUUCUCAGCUAAAUAUUAUCUUUGACGGUCGCUUAUCCGCCAUCCGUGCUACGUGGCCAGCCCACUGUAACCUAUCGUGUUUCAUCAGCUUGACAAUAUCCACGUGUUUGUAUACCUCGUACAGCUCGUGAUUAAUGCGUCUGCACCAUACCCCAUUUACAAGUUUGACACCGAGUAUUGAUCGCAGGAUUUCACUUUCGAAGACCCCAAGCGCUCUUCGAUCUCCUUCUACGAUCACUAUUCUUGUCCGUAGAGCGCCACCGGGAGGAUCAGAGUUUUAUAGAGCACUAAUGUCGUACGGAUCUAUAGGCUACGGGACUUAAGCUGGCUACGCAAUCCGUAAUAAGCCCUAUUCGCUGCUGCAAUCCGUCUCUUCACCUCGCGGCUUAUCUCGUUGUCACAUGUCACUAGCUUACCAAGAUAAACAAAUUCAUCGAGCACUUCAAAAGUAUCCCCAUCCAUUUCCACCGUAGCACCAACACCCGCUGAACUACCACGCUCUCCGCCAGCCAUCAUGUACUUCGUUUCGGAAGUGUUUAUGGUGAGUCCAAUUCUCGCAGUUUCGCAGCCCUUUUGAGAGCCAUAAAGGCCACUGCUCUACGGUUAACACCAAUUAUAUCAAUGUCGUUCGCGAAGCCUAGAAGCAUGUGGGACUUCGUGAUGAUGGUGCCACUCCUCUGCACACCUGCCCUUCGUAUUGAACAUUUUAAAGCUAUGUUAAACAGCAAGUUCGAGAACCCGUCACCUUGCUUCAGACCAUCUAACGUCACAAACGCGUCCAAACAAUUCACAAUGCCCGCAGCCCUGACGCAUGGUGUGAAACCGUCGAGCGUCGCAAGUAACAGUUUAAUUAGUUUUGUUGGAAAACUUUGUUCAAACAUUAUUUGCCACAGCUUGUUGCGUUUCACUGUAUCGUACGCCGCCUUGAAGUCAAUAAACAGAUGAUGUGUCUGCAAGUUGUGUUCACGAAACUUGUCGAGGAUCUGUCUCAAUGUAAACAUCUGGUCCGUUAUAGAUCGUCCCACAUUGGCGUUCUCCUACAAAGGUUUUCUGCAACGGCCUCAGUCGCUGGAACUCCUGUUCCAGAAUUCUCUAAGCGGAAUCGAGGAGGGUUAUGCCCCGAUAAUUACUACAGUCGAGUCUAUGUCCCUUCUUGUAGAUAGGGCAUAUGAGUCCUUCCAACCAGUCCGUAAGUAGUUGAUCCUCAGACCAUACCCUUAGGAUAAUCAAGUGUAUUGCACUACACACCCGAUGUCUCCCGACCUUAAAAAGUUCGGCCAGUAAGCCGUCCUAACCAGCGACUUUGUGGUUCUUUAGCUCUUGGCAAGCAUUCUUGACCUCGUUCAAUGUUAUUGGGUUCACAGAUUGCCCGUCCUCCCCAAUUUCUAUCCUGUCCUUCACGACGGCUCUCCUUUCUUCCUCACCGUUCCACACCACUUCGAAGUGUUGCUUCCUGCGAUUUAUCGGUAAUAAGUCAUUACACAUGGCAGGUCCGGUUCCUGAUUCCGUUAAUCGUUCUAUAGAAGUUCAUCGUGUCGUGCCUGGUGAAGCAAUUCUCCGCCUCCACGAGGACGCUAUUGUAGUGCUCACGUUUAUGACGGCGAUGAAGCCUCUUUUCGGCAGCUCUUGCCUCCCGUUAUUUCUCACUCAUCUGACGCGUCACACGAUUAGCUGCUACUAACGUGUUGGCGUUGGCCCCGUUCUUCUCCUCCGUCACCUCUAGACGCUCAGCAUCGAACCACCCACUACGCGUAGUUCCCGUUGUCAUGCUUAUCACCUCCCGCGCUGUUUCGCUGUGCUUCCACCGCUCGUUCAGGUCCACUCCAGCCAGGGCCGACGUCACACUGUUUUCUCGAGUGGUCGUCCGGCAGUUAACCGGAACAAUCGCCAUGGCGGACGAAAACAUGCGUGUUUUUGAGUUCUUUCGUCGUUUUAUUUAUCACUUUUUGGGACAAAAUUGUUGGAAAAGAUCUUACGCUUCAGUUUGCCCAGAAACUCUCGAUGGGGCCAGCUAGAGGAGGCUACAUCUCCUUCAAUGCUUUGAGAAGAGGCCCAACGGCAGAUCCAGCCAGUACACCGUGUUUUUGCCCUUAUGGUAUUUCUUGAUGAACGACGCAACUUCCGACAGGCACUUCUUACUAGAAAUUACCCCGGUCAUGGCCGGUCCGGAGCGAAAGAAGAGCGGCUUUGACAUCUCCCUGAUUGUCAGCCACAGCCGCAGCUUUUUGGGGAACUUGGUGUGUCAAAUUAAUUCCACCUUGGAUCUCAUUUCCUCCGUGGAGGAAGUAAAAUACGAAGUAAUUUUUACAAUUUGGCCGGUGGCACCAACCUCCCGAUCAAGCACACGCAGUGAUGUAGCCACUUUUCACUCGGUCCUUCUUUUCAGCAUCCUUUGGAGCUUCUUCCCAGGGUCGUCGGCCGUUCGGAACCGGGUUUUCUUUUGAUGCUUUGAUUCUUAUCCAAUAAUGAUAAGCUAUUGUAGAUGCCGAAACGGGCGCAUCCGGCGUCCACAAAGUGUCGCAUGAUAUCCGUUUUUGACGCGGCAGGGUACCGUUCUUUGAACGCGCACACUUCUGAAUGAAGUAGUUCCACUGUUUUAACCAUUGGAGUUCGAGUUAUUUUUUUCUGCUGACUAAUGGAUUAUUAUGAUUGAUGCUGCAUGGGUUGUUUUAUUAGUGUGUAAAGGUAAACCCAUGAAAAAUCGACAAUUUUUGUGCAUUUUUUAAUGCAAACGUUAAGGAUCAACCGUUUUUUCUCCUCGAAAAAAGUCUCCAUCCAAAAUUUGAACUUAAACGGAUUUCUGGUAAGGCUUCACUUACAGUAGUGAAAGUCUCACUUUUUUGACCAAUGGAAAAAAGGCACAAGAGUAGCUUUUGAAGUUUUUGAAUUCUAAAUUGUGUUUGAUCGCAAAUCGCUUAGAAAUGUAUGAAAUCUGUAGCUUUAUAAACUUUCGCUCAACUAUAUCCAUUAAAAAGCAGUCGCUCGCACAUGUGCACGGCAAUUUUAAGUUUCUAACAUAAAAAACAUUACAUCUUUUGGUUAUAUCCGAUAUUUGCAUGUGGGUAAGUACCCACAGGGAUAUUUUCCGAGUGGGCACUACUACCCAUACUACCCACAUCAACCGCCGACCCUGACUCCAGCUGGUUCAACUCUACGAGUAUACUCUGCAGCAGCUACCUCUACUGAUAACCUCUGGAUGUCGAGACGUAUCUCCCUCGCCGAUCUCGAUUUAAAUACGUUGGACAACGCGAAUCUUGCCUACUACAAGAUAGUGAUCCGAGUCGAUGUUUGACCCUCAAAAGUGCCGGUCGUCGAUCAGCAUGUGGUUGAUCUGGGAGCAGGUUUCUCCAUUGGGGUGUCUCCAAGUGUGCUUCCAAAUGUUCAGACGUGCAUAAUGGGUACUACAGAUGGCCAUUCCCCUGGCCGCGGCGAAGUUCACUAGCCUCAAGCCGUUGUCGUUGGUGGUAGAGUGCAGGCAUUGUCUAUCAAUAACGGGACGAAAGAACUCCGCUCGUUCGACUUGUGCGAUGACGACUUCAUGUCGUGUUGCCUCCAUACGUUUUCUCAAGGAGCUCAUAGAACUAGACCUUUACGUCAUCGGUUCUAUCGUUUGAUAAGGCCGUAAUUGAAGAAUCUGCAUUGAUAGGCCUCCAUCAAAUGACCCGUUUCUUUUGGUUUCUGAGUAGCACAAAACCGACUCAUCGUUCCGCUCUGUCGCCGCCACUGUCUUAGAUGUGGUACUUGAAAUAAGUGCCCGCAGUCGGAUCAACCACUCGGAAUUCAAGUUCUCUGAUUUUAGGCCAACGCACCUCUUGUGUGGCUGCUACCUUCACUUUUGUCCUAACAUUCCAAGUGCCAAGUUUCCAAUCGUUAUCCUUUUUCGUUAGCCUAGGUCUAUACCGAUUGUUCCGGUUCGUAUAAUUCUCAGGAUUGCUCAUACUAUGUUUCUUUCAGCAUGCUGCCUUACUAGGGCUGCGAUGCAUAAUCUCGCGACGGUGCUGCCGUCACCCCAAUUUUAUUGCAGUUUAUUUCGAGCAAACAUUGACUCGAAAAUGAAUGUCAGAUUUGUCUAGGGACUAAACAACAGCGAUGCCAGAUUAGAAGACAUGUCUUCAAGUGGAAUACAUUCACCCUGCGAUGAAGACAUCCUUGUUUGUGAAGACAAAUGGAAGACAUUCGAAAAUAUGUGAAGACAAAAGAAAAUUUGUGAAUAUGACCCUCAUUUUGCACAGAUGGUGACCUUUUUUUUGCUCGACAGUUUUCGAUUUGCCGGUGAUUUUUUCAGUCUUUGGUCGGUUCUUACGAGCCAUCUCGAGUUGGAAGACAUGUGAAGACAUUUUUUAUUAGAACGUGAAGACAUUUGGAAAAAUGACCUGGCAUCCCUGCUAGACAACUCUAUUGAUUGAUAUUUUUUACGUUUAUAAUAAGAUUUGUCCUUUACACAAAAUCUUAAUCUUUGAAUGUUUUUCUACGAUUUUCCAAGUGAUGAAAAUGGUUUUAGGAAUAUAAAAAGACGUAAACAAUAAGAUAUGAGUAUUAGGCUUACAUUAAAAGAAACAAAGUUCGUUAUUUUCUGAUGCAAAAAAAUUUUUUUCAUGGUUUCGUCAACAUUUCAAGAUAAGUCGGGGAGCACUCAAACCUUUUUAAAAUACAAUAUUGCCUGCCAAACUGCACGAAUACAAUUCCUACUCCGUUAAAGAUUGCCCCUACUUUGAAUCUACUCGCAAGUGGAUCCUACGAAAUCAAUGUUUUUCCGCUUCACAGAUUUUAGUGGAAUUAUUUAUGUUUUAGUCAACAUAUUUAGGUACAAACGAACGUCUUCAACUUAUCGACCAUUUUUUAUCACUUUCGAGCUGAAAAAUGCUCGAUCAAACCAUUACGUAAUGCCAGUUUCGCUCGAAGAUCAACUGCAAUUAUACGCCAGCUAUUCGUUUCGAGCUCGAAUCGAAAUCGGCAAUGUCAAAUGUGGUCGAAACGAACAAAAAUCACUCGAAACGAAAUGCGCAAUGCCACUCCUGCAUUGGCUAACCCGUCUGAGCAAGAUCGCGCCAAAUCACCGAUGGUCGAAUAUCGACCAUUUUUGAUUUAAAUGAAACUUUGCACACGUAUUUGGCUCAGCAAACUGAGCAUUUUCCACAGAUGGAGUGAUUUUUUACACCCAUGAGUUACAUUCUAAAAGGGCGUAUGCCUUUUGGCAUAGGUUUUAUUCGAAGCAUUGUAGCCCAGAACCGUUGGUUGAAUAGAAAAACUGUCUGAGAAUGAGUUGCAGGGAAUUAAAAAUGCAUCAUAAAAAAAACACUGUACAAAAAAAAAAUUUUUUUGACCAAAAAAAAUUAAAAAUAAACAUUAAAUUUCAAUUAAAAAAAAGAGUUGAAUUUUUUUUUAAUUUUUUUUUUAAAGAAACUUGACGUAAUACGCAACUUUUAAAAAAAAGUCCAGGAUGGAGAAAUGAAAAAUAAUUUUUUUAUGGUAGAUUAAUUUUUUUAUGAAAAUUCUAAUUCAAACAUUUUUCAAAAUAUUUGUAUUCUGAUGAUUUUAAAAGAUGCAGAGAGUCAUUUUAAAUCAAAAAGCUCUUGGUAGUAAACAUUCUAAAGGCAUUGGUUUUCGAGUUAUUUCUAAUUUAAGCUCGAACAAUUACUAAAAUUUAGGAAAAUACACGUUUUUCUUAAUUUGUCCAUGGUUCUCCAGCAAAAACCAUACGUUCAUUGGAAUGCUUGAUCAAAAAUAUACAAUUCAUUCUUUGACAACAAAACGAUUGGGCGAACGGUUCUCAAGAAAAGAGUUAUAUGUUCUAUGUGAUAUAAAUAUAUAUAAGAAUCAAAUAUUUAUUUUCGAGUUUUAUUAUCUUAGGAACAUAUUUUUUUAUGACAUAGAUACUUUACAGAACUAGUUUCACCUUAUAUUUUAUAUACAUCAUAAGUAAAUGAUUCGUCAUCUUUUGAAAACAGCUUCGUUUGUAUCUUAUUUUCUGAAAUCGGAACAAACGAGUGAUACUUUUGUGUGCCAGCUAUUAUUUUAGAUUUUUUGAAAAUAUUGCUCCAUUCGACUGAACAGUCGACUUACAUGAGAGAAGCAAAAAAUAAUUUGAAAGAUGGUGAAGUUGUUAUAGUGUGUGAUUUCUCAGAAAACUAUUCAUUUGUUCUUCAAGAUGCCACUCAAAGUAGCUAUUGGAAUAAUAGUCAAGCCACCAUUCAUCCCUUCGUUGUUUACUAUUCAGAAUCUGGAACACUUAAGAAUAUCAGCUCCAUCAUAAUAUCGGAAGUACUCCAUCAUGAUACUGUUGUGGUUCAGGUGUUCAUUGCCGAAUUAAUGAGUUUUUUGAAAACAAAAAUACAGUUGAAAAAAGCGAUAUUUGUGUCUGAUGGAGCUGCCUCACAAUACAAAAAUAGAAAAAACUUUGCAAGUCUUUGCAAGUUCAAAACAAGAUAUAACGUCGAUGCAGAGUGGCAUUUUUUGCGACUUCUCAUGGUAAAGGCCCAUGCGAUGCAAUUGGUGGCACAUUGAAACGAAUGGCAAGAAAUGCAAGUUUAGCUAAAAAACAUGAACAACCCAUUACAAGCGCAAAAGAAUUGAAGGAUUGGGCUAAUCAGAAAAGUAAUAAAAAUUCAUCAAAAAUGUCAUUUAGUUGGGUAUCAUAUGAAGAAUAUGAACAAGGAGUAACAGAAUGGAGCAAUAUUUUCAAAAAAUCUAAAAUAAUAGCUGGCACACAAAAGUAUCACUCGUUUGUUCCGAUUUCAGAAAAUAAGAUACAAACGAAGCUGUUUUCAAAAGAUGACGAAUCAUUUACUUAUGAUGUAUAUAAAAUAUAAGGUGAAACUAGUUCUGUAAAGUAUCUCUGUCAUAAAAAAAUAUGUUCCUAAGAUAAUAAAACUCGAAAAUAAAUAUUUGAUUCUUAUAUAUAUUUAUAUCACUUAAAACAUUUAACUCUUUCCUUGAGAACCGUUCGCCCAAUCGUUUUGUUGUCAAAGAAUGAAUUGUAUAUUUUUUAUCAAGCAUUCCAAUGAACAUAUGGUUUUUGCUGGAGAACCAUGGACAAAUUAAGAAAAACGUGUAUUUUCCUAAAUUUUAAUAAUUGUUUGAACUUAAAUUAGAAAUAACUCGAAAACUAAUGCCUUCAGAAUGUUAACUACCAUGAGCUUUUUGAUUUAAAAUGACUCUCUGCAUCUUUUAAAAUCAUCAGAAUACAAAUAUUUUGAAAAAUGUUUGAAUUAGAAUUUUCAUAAAAAAAUUAAUCUACCAUAAAAAAAUUAUUUUUCAUUUCUCCAUCCUGAACUUUUUUUUAAAAGUUGCGUAUUAACGUCAAGUUUCUUUAAAAAAAAAUUCAACUCUUUUUUUUUUAAUUGAAAUUUAAUGUUUAUUUUUAAUUUUUUUUUGGUCAAAAAAAAAUUUUUUUUUGUACAGUGUAUUUUUUUUAUGAUGCAUUUUUAAUUCCCUGCAACUCAUUCUCAGACAGUUUUUCUAUACAACCAACGGUUUCUGGGCUACAAUGCUUCGAAUAAAACCUAUGCCAAAAGGCAUACGCCCUUUUAGAAUGUAACUCAUGGGUGUAAAAAAUCACUCCAUCUGUGGAAAAUGCUCAGUUUGCUGAGCCUAAUACGUGUGCAAAGUUUCAUUCAAAUCAAAAAUGGUCGAUUAAAUUUUCGCGUAUUUCCAGGCGAUUUGAAAUGAUUUUGCUAGUCUUUAACUGGCACUCAAUGUCGUGACUAGCACUUUUAAUUUAACCCUCGAAAUGGCCGCGCAUCUGAAACGUCAUAACAUUGUGCGAUCUUCCUCAUCAUAACAUCUGUAAUUGUAGGUUAUGAAAAUAAGGAUUUUUUUUUGGUUUUCAACGUUGACAUUGAAUAUAGGGGGAUUAGGGGCAUAAUGAGCACACGGGGCGAAAUGGGCACCCCUCUUUUAUGCGAAACUACGCAUUUUCUAAUACAAUAUGGUAUGUGGAACUCUUCCGUAGUUACUACAGUAUCUCUUGUAUGUGGAACAAAAGAGGUUUGUCUAUUUAAAAUAUGGAAGUAUAUUGAAAAAAUCAACUUGGUUAUUAUUAUUGCGCACUAAAAAAUAAGCUUCUACGGUCGUUUAAAUGGCUCAAUCAAGUAUGUAGACACAUCAAUAUGACGUAUGGGUCGUACCCCAAAUUUCACCAUCAUUAAAGUUUCGAUUUUAAGCUAUAAUUAGUAUUAAAAUCUCAUGUUAACUUUAACUAAUUCGAUAGGGGCGAAAUGGUCACCUUUAGGUGGGGUGAAAUGAGCACACCUUGUCACAUAAACUUAGCUGAAAUUCAUCUUAGUAGACUUGUGAGUUUGUCUGUUUCCAUAGUCAGUGUUUGUUUACAGUGAUGGUGCGUUGGUGCAUAUAUUAGAAAAUCUUUGAGACCGAAUCGGUCAGAAAAAGGGACUACAGGCAGAAUUGGCCACCAUAAGACGCGACGGGACAUUCACGAAACAAGCCGCCAAGUAUCCCGACAUCCAGCGACAAACGUUGGCCCAUUAGUUGUACUUCUACACAGUUUCAAGAUAUGUUCUAUAAAAGUGCUCAUUAUGCCCCGUGGGUGCUCAUUAUGCCCCAGUGGGGUGCUCAUUGUGCCCCACACAUCGACUGAUUGCUAGUUUUUGAUGCAUGAAUCUAAUUUGUGUUUUUCACCAUUAUACGAUAAACUUUUCAAUUCGUGAAUAGUGUACCUUUAAUUAUAGAUAGUUAAUGCAAGUUUUGCACUGAAGACAGCUUAAAAUUUUUGUCGUUUUCCAUGCUUAAAUCAGCAACCAAGUUAGGGUGCUCAUUUUACCCCUAUUCCCCCUAAAAUUAAAACAUAAUCCGACUGGCUCGUUAGAAAAACAAAUUCGUUUCUAAUAAUUUAUUUAAAAUUAUUGAUUGCAAUUUAAUUCUGGAUGUUUUCACUUCACCAUAAAAAGGUGAAAAAAACAUUAUCUGCCUAUAUUUAUCAACAUUUCUUUCUUUUUAAAAUAAAUACAGAAAAUGUUGUAUAUUGAUCGAUUUUUCGGUUUGAUUAAUCUUAUUCCUGUACCCUACAAGGGUUUACAAUAUAAAAGCUGCUAUUUAUGUAUAAAUAGUUUGUUUUACUAAUCAUUAGUAACAGAAAAAAUCAGAACUUGUUAGGUUGAGCGUUCUGAGAACAUAAUAUUUUCGGGUACCGUGUUAACUAGAUAUCAGUUUUGUUUAAGUUGAUUAUAGACUCUGAUUUUUUACGUACCCGAUACAAAAACCAUUGGUUAUGCAUUUAUUUAUUCGUGUGGUUGAAUGUGUUACGUCUGUUGCAUGUAUGUUGAUUAAUUUAUUAUGUUAGAUGUUAUAAGAAUGGAUACCAGGUGUAACUGUUGAUUAUUGUUGGAUAAUAUCCAUUACAUAGAAGCUGUCUCGCCAAUAAUAUAGUAAAUCGUAAGGGUGCAACCAUGGCGGUACCAAAAUAGUAUUCAUAGGUAAUAACUUACAAUAUAGUAGAAUAUCAUAAUAGCUUAGGCUGAGUAAGCCCUAAUUUAAAAUUCACGUACGAUUGUCGAUAUUAUCAGCAGUGUUCUCGAUGUGAAGUGACGGUUACAAGUUAAAAUAUGUAAGACAAAUUAAAAAUUUACUUCACACGGGACGUCUCAAGGGUAAUUAAAAGUAAGAUGAUCGUCACUCUGCAAUAGAAACUUGGUAGAGGAAACAGAAUGAACCAGUGAACAGUAAGGGAUAGAAAAUAUCCGUACUAGAGGCACAUUAAUGUUUUACAUAAAACACGAUUAAUCAAAUCAACAUAUUUGAAGCUACAAAAUUGAUGUUUCUUCUAUCCCAACCUAUGGACCAUUGUGAGAUAUUCUCUGGUUUUGAAAAUAACACACAUAACCAAGGGGCGUUAGUUUUCAAAAUCUAACCCGACAUUAGUAGACCCAUGUUUAUUAGACCAAUCAUAACAAAAUUGAUCGAAAACAAAUCAAACGAAAACGAAAGUAAUACAUAAGGUAACGCACACUAUGCACAAAAGUCCCUUUGAGAAAGAGAGAUCUACAACAGAUAACAAUAUCUUUAUAAAAGCUGGAAAGAAGAUAGCCAGAUAGAGGAAAUGACAAAAGAAAAAAAACAUAUAUUUUUAUAUUAAAGGACAUAACUGUGUAAUUUGAAAAAGAAUGGAAGAAACCUUCACGAUAGACAAAAAUCUAUGCAAACUUAUUUCAAUUUAAUAUAAAGGAAACUAGUUUAAAUGAAUUGAAACAAAUGAAACGAGCAACUCAUAAUUGUGAUAAGAAUAGGCCAUUAUAAGAAAUAAAAAGAAAUAUUUUACCAAAAAUAUAUUCUUGAAGAAAAAUGUGAACUACAAAAUGAUAAAAAAAUAUAAAAACACUGUUAGUAAAUCAUUAGUAAAAAUAUCAAAAACAAAAAAUAACAAAAUCUGAAAAAUUAUUCAAUUUUAACAGAAUAAAAAUAUACACACUACAUACAAGAUGUGAAAAGGAAUGACAAAAAAAAGAAAGUAAACAUAUUUUAUACUUGGCGACUAUAUUAUCGAUAACAUAUUAUAUUAUACAACAAGCUAACAGAAAACGAUAUUUAUGAACGUAAAAUCUCAAAAACUUCACAUAUUUUAACGCUUGCAACUGCAACUGACGUCGAUGGAAACGUUCGUAAACAAUUGUUCUGAACGAAACAAACCGUAAUUAGAUUGCAUCCAACAGAAGAACUUCGUGAAUGAGAGACACACAAACACAGCUAAAAAACACAGUUUGCAGAACACAUUUUGUCGACGACAUCGCUACCUGGUAUCUUGGCCAAAACACAAACGAAAACUAAACAAAAUGUAAGCCAUCCGCAAUAAAACGAAAUUCUAUUCAUUAUUGACAAUUUUACGGAAAAAAUAUGUAAGCCACCUUUAACUUCAUCAUCUUCUUCAAGCACUGCUCUUUCGACUGUCACUUUUUCUAGUAACAUCUAGCAGAUGUUGAAACAAAAAACCAAUGGAUUUAAUAGGUAAAACAGUUUUACAAAACAUUUACGCAAUGUUCGGUUUGGUAAUUUGAAAAAAGAGAAAUCCGUAAUACCUAUUGAAUCUUUGGUGAAUGUUUUUAUCAGUUGUACAUUCCGAACCAAUUUAUCUUACUUUCAUAAUCCAGUGGCAUUUCAAAAUAAUCGACAGCAAAAAUGCAUUUAGAGUCAACAAAUCACGUUUAAAUCGACAAAAGUGUUGUGAAUUUAUACUUUCCUAAAUCAAACUAUUCCGAUUAAGUGAACGGGAAAUUUACAAGUAUAACAUUUACGACUCAUGAAAGCAAUAUUCAAGUGUUGUUAGUACAUUUUCAGCGGAACACAAAUUAUAGCAACUGUUGAUCAGUUCAAGUCCGGUUUUGUCGCGGCACCACGCAUUGUUUUGAAAUAUCGUAUGCAGUUUUGUAAGAGAGAAAACUUGUUAUUUAUUAGCUAAAUUCGAACAGUUUUUCGUAAAACGACAACCAAGCGGGCCGAAACACCGACAGCCUAGCAGGCAACUUUAGCAUUACGAGUAUUAAAUUCUAGUUACUCACUAUUCUGAUAAUAGGUAUCGAUAGUCGUUAGGGUUCACACACACGUGUACGUGAGCACUGAAAAAGCGAGCAGUAAACCAUUUUAGAGCUUAUAUUGCGAUUUAAGUUCGGAUUUUGUAUGAAGUCAAAACAACAGAUGGUAAGAAAUGCAUCAGAGUUUCGCUGAGACUUGAUGAUAAACUAGUUAAAUGACGACGGUAACUCUUUUAUGUAUUCUCUGAAUUCGAUUUGAUUUCCGGGUUUAAUUGCUAAGUUAUUGUUUUUAAGUAUCAAACAUAUGUGAUCUGAAGAAGAAUGCGGGUUAUACAUCAUCCUGCGACAGUGUUAUUGUAUGGAGUGGAGGUUAAAUUUCAACUGACAAAUAUAUAUCACAGCUCCAGAUUUGUAAGUAGUAAAGGUGUGAACAACUUACUAAUAUACUAAUUUAUAAGAUUCUCCAGAUGGACCCAGAAUUCGUGACGGCUCACUUCGCUUCUACAUAGACGGUUCUAAAAUAAACGAUUCUGUAGGAGCGGGAUUCACAGGGCCAGGAAUUAAUGAUUUUUUUCCCAUGGGACAUUGGCCAACAGAGUUCCAGGCGGAUAUCGUCGCGAUAAUAGAAUGCGUGAAUACGUACCUGGAAAGAAAUUACCGAUACGCAAAUAUUAGCAUAAAGCUUUGAAUUUUUCUUUUUGCCACUCUAAACUAACGAGAAUGCAUCCUGUCACUCCAACAGCUACUAAAUAAAUCAGGUGGUUAAUUUAUGGUCACUGUGGAAUCAAGGGAAACGAAAGAGCCGACUCACUAGCCGGACAAGAGUUAUCCACUAACUUUGUUGGCCCAUAACCUUUUUGUUGAGUCUCACUGAGCGCUUUAAAAACUGAACUCGGUGAAUGGGAGCAAGCAUCCAUCAAAGCAAACUGGUGAUUCAUGCGUCUGCGCCACACUCCAUCGCAGAGCUUUACACUCAAAAACACCGAGCACUCGUCGAUCAGCUUCCUUCAAUGUCCAUGCUUCAUGUCCGUAAAGGGCCACCGAAAGUAUCAGCGUCUUAUACAGUGCUAGAUUUGUGCGAGUUUGCAGACUACGGGACCUUAGCUGGUUACGUAGUCCGUGGAAGGCCCUGUUUGCAGCUGCAACUCGUCGUUUCACUUCACGGCUCAUAUCGUUGUCACAUGUCACAAGCGUACCAAGAUAAACGAAUUCAUCAACCACUUCAAGUCGUUCCCCAUCUAUCUCCACCUCAGCACCAACACCACGGGAAGCCCCACGCUCCCUGCCAGCUGAGCAGUUCCACAAACAAUGUCCCAGUUCUAAUAUUUUUUUUAAAUUGUCAUUUUUGAUUUGGCUGAAACUUUGCAUAGACGUUUCUAUAGACAAAAGAUGCCAUUUUGUGCUCACGAACGCGCUACAUAGGCUCACUAAUGUAGAAACAUUAGAAAAUAUGUCAAGUCAAAUUAUCAACAAAUUCCGACAAAAAUCGUUGCAAUCCUCAAUUGCGACGAUUAGCUCUCUUUAUAGUCAGUAAGAUAGUUUUAAGUUUAUUUUAAGUUUAUUUUAAGUUUCGUUUUUUUUUUCUUUUUUUUCUCCUUGACAAGUAGGUUUAAUAAUUUUCCUACAAUUACAUUAACUUAACUGCGAAAGCUAAUAACAUUCAAUAAUAUAAAAAAAGCGUACAAAUAUAUAUAAUAGUGUUGAAAUGUCAUCAUUUGUGGCAGAACACACAAUAUAAAUUCUGAAUAGAUAUUUUAGUACAUAAAUAAAUCAUUACAAACUAACCCCCCCCCCCUUAAAAAAAUGCCAUUUUGUGUUAUUGACUUAAUUUUUUUGGAACACGACUUAUUUUUAAGAAGCUAUUGAAAACUUAUCGAGGAUCUGUCGCAAGGAGAAAAUUUCCGUCGUGGAACGCCCCUGUCGAAAACUAGCCUGGUAUUCGCCAACGACGGAUUCCGUUAACUGUCUCAAUCUGAAGAACGGAUACGGAAGAGCACUUUAUAUGCGAAGUUGAGUAACGUAAUGCCUCGAUAGUUGCAACAAUCCAAUCGAUUACUCUUUUUAUAGGUAGGCCAUAUGAUGCCUUCCAACCAGUCGUUCGGCAUUUGUUCAUCCGCGCAGAUCCUCGGUAUUAUCUGGUGGAUCGUAUAGUACAGCCGCUCGCUUCCCACUUUUAGAAGUUCGGCCGGGAUACCGUCCAUCCCAGCGGCUUUGCCGUUCUUCUGCUCACUAACCGCCUUUUAACCUCCCCCUGUGUUGAUGGUCCCACAGCUUGUUCGUCACUCAUAAUUGUCAUCCUGUUCCUGCUCUGCUCAUCCGGCUCCUCACCGUUCCAGAGCGCCUGGAAAUGCUAAUUCCACCUAGCUGCAACCGUCGGUUUAUCAGUAAGCAGGUUGCCGUCCUUGUCAUUACAUAUGAUCGGCACUGUUGACUGUUCUAUAGAAGCUCCGCACGUCGUUUCUAGCAUAGCUGUCCUUUGCGCUGGCGACCAGCUGCUCGAUGGCACUGUGGAAACUGCUCCACAGCUCAUUUAUGUCUUCCACUCGUCCCUCCUGCUGUACUACGAUCCGUUGAUCCAGCUCUCUGGCUUAUUCUGCUGCCACGCCAUUAGCUUUCGACCACUGAAUGUUGAAACGCGUCGUCCUUCCUGUGCGAGAUUUCAGGACGCUCGACAACCGUGCGCAGACCUUACAAACGACAAGAUAAUGGUCAGUGUCAAUGUUUGGUCCCCGAAAAGACCUAACAUCAGUAACAUCCGAAAAAUGCCGACCUUCUCCAUUUGGAUGCUUCCAGGUGUGUUUCCGAAUAUUUAAACGUGGAAAAUAGGAGCUACAUAUGGUCAUUCCUCUGGCCGCGGCAAAGUUUAUCAACCUCAGGCCGUUUUCAUUGGUGACGAGGGAGGCUAAGCCUUCCAAUGACCGGACGGAAGAAUUCUUCCCUCCCAACCUGCGCGCUUGCGUUUCCGAUGAAGACUUUUACGUCGUGUUUUGGGCAUUCGUCAUAGAUUCGUUCAAGCUUGUCAUAGAACUCAUCUGUGACUUCAUCGGAUUUGUCGUUUUUCAAUGCGUAGGUGUUGAUUACACUGUAGUUGAAGAAUUUGCCCUUAAUCCUUAACACACAUAUACGGUCAUCUACGGGCUUCCCCGGAUGACUCUUGUUUUCUGAUUUGCCAGCACUACAAAACCGUCACCCCGUUCCGCUACUUUGCCGAGAGGUCGGACGUUCCAAGUACCCAAUUUCCAAUCGUUUACCUUAAUCUUUUUCCGUGUUCGUUGCCUAGGUCUUUGCGAAUUGAUCCGUUCCGUGUUUCUUAUUUCGUUGUUCGUGGUUGAAAAAAAAGGUUUCGGUUUCUGUUUUCGCUACAUUCUGCUGAUAGGGCUGCCAUCUAACUGGUAACUGACGGGAUACAGCAUUGCAUAAUUCAGCCGCCCGCUUCGGGUAAGACGCUGUUGUACGCCGCCCCUAAUAUGGAGACACAGCCGCGUACGACCCACUUCCCAGUCAGCUCGUAUGACCAUAGUUCCCACCAGGGGUUGGUUAGGGUUACCCGAUCUCCGCUAAGGUUACUCGAACCUCGGUCGGUUCCUCGUGGAGGUUAGGAUAGGAUUUGCUGGACAAAGAAGAAUGACCACAUUACCACAUUUAGAUCUUAGUAAAAACGAGUCCAACCAUUUGCCAGCCUUCUAGCAAAACUACCUGAAUUUAGUAGUCUGAACGACAUGUUUACGGCCAUUGAAAUCGACUGGUAUGUUUCCUUUGCUCAGUAAUUACAGUUACUGUAAAAGAAAUUCAACAAUAUAGCAGAAAUCCAGCAAUAUCCAUAUUAUAUAAAUUAUAUAUGUAUUCAAUUACUUUCCGCUAUCUCGGACUCUAAUAUAGUAGCCAGCCUCCCUAUACAAUCAAUAAUAUAAGUUUUUCUUAUUAACCGCUAGAGUAACGGGGGUAUUUUGGCCCGCUCAAGAAAAUGAUUGCACAAUUUAUUGAGAAAGUAAUAUGAUUUUUUCAACAUAAAUACCUUAUCUAUCAUACCAUUGUUAAGAGCAAUGUGUCUACUUUGCUAUACAUCGUUCAAUAAUGCAAUUUAUUGGAAAAUCUCCGAGAAAUAUAAAAUUUUCUUUAAAUUCAAAACAUAUUUUGAACCACCAAGACUAUAUUUUGGUCCACCGUAUAUUUGAAGCCGUGUGUUCAAAUAUUUUCAGCUGAUCAUAUUUUAGAUCAUCAUCGAUCUUUUUAGAAUAGAACUAGUGGAUUUAAGGAGAACAUUCUUCUGCCGUGAAGUUUUCGAAAUUUUAGGUGUCUGGAAAUUAAAAGAUCGGGCUUAUAUCAGUUUUGCAGGCAUUUGCAGCCAGUUUCAAAUUGUUAAAUGUAACAAAUUAAGAAAUAAUUAUCAGUAAAUUACUAUAAGCUGCUGCUCCGUUCAGCGCUCAACGGCCGAAUGGUAAACAUAGAGCUGUCAAAAAUUGGCAUGGUCAAAAUGUGUCCGCUUCAGACAGAGACAAACAUGUUCCGACCAUGCUACCAAGCUAUUAUUUUACCUUUUUUUCAACUUGUUAUAGUAUAAAAACUGUUUCUAUGGUAUUUUAUUGAUGUUACUACAAAAAUGAAUUGUUUCAUUAGCAUACAUAUUUGUUACAAACAGCUUUCGAAAGUUGAGUUGAAUGCUACCCCCUCCUCUUGAUUCGGGGGUUGACUCGGGCAUGAUUUUGAAUAUUCGUGAACUAAAUCCAAAAUAAUGCUAACUAUAGUCAGUACUUUGCUUUUCAGGUAUGUUAUUUCAAUGAUAGAUACAUUGUUUUGUAAUAUUCAUUGAAUUUAUCAGAUAAAAUGCGAAAAAUGUUCAUGGGUAUGCCAAAAUAUGUAGGUGGGCCAAAAUACCCCCGUUACCCUAGUUGCUGCACUGAAUUUGAUUCAAUUCAUGAUUCAUUACAUCGUAUUUUUUUGCUUCGAUGGAUCUUCCCAUAAGAAAUAAAUUCAUGCUUCAUAUAAUUCCUGAUAUAAUGUCGGUUGAUCUUAAUAUUUCAAUUAACUUUUUUUUCUUCACGUUUUUAAUUGACUUGUCUUUACGAAUAUCCAGGAAAAUGAACUGUGUCUACAACCUAUCGAAAAAUACGCUAGUGAUACAUUUCGGAUUUCCCUCCACUUAGUAAAGACAACCACCAGGGAUAUCAACUGUGUUCAUGCAUACUGAGUUAGGUAUCAGUAUAUUACUGGCGGCAUUUUAGUCUACCCAACUCACAAGAAUGCACACAAAAUCAUUACAGAAAAAUUUUGUUACAGACUUGCUCUCACUAGAAAUUAAAAAGCAAAAACGACAUCAUUAUUCGAAAUCCAUCUCCCCAAAAAUUAUUAUUGAAGUAUCAAAGACUCUACGAAUGAAGUUUUCAGUACAACGAUGCACUUAAGAAUCCAAAUCUGAUCGAAAACCUCUAAUUUAGCUUCGUAAGAUUUCAGAGAUAUAAUUUGUCUGUUCUUUUGUUUCUAUGAUGAGAAGCAAUAUGCAAGCCAAAUGAGUUUUAUGUAGGAAUGUUUGAAAAUUGCAGGAGAAGUCAAGUACUUCCUGAGAAUCAGACCUGUCAUCACUUAGCGCCGCUUUUCCUUUUUUUACUAAUUUCCUGAGAAUAAUGGAGUACUCGGGAAAAAUGCAUUUCUUACCCGCUGUUUAUUGGGAAAAAGAGUGUAAAUCUUAUUUAAAUAUGAAUCAGAAAGAAUUCAGAAGAUAGAAAGCGCAAACCGCAAUAAAACUAUCACUUUAAAAUCAGAACUAAUCAAUGACAAAUAUAAAGCAACAAGAAUAGCCGGUGUAACACAAAGCGCAAAAACACAUAGAUAUUAGUCAUGUUAUAGAAAAAAACAUGAAUCAGACAACACAGUUACUGUAUCAAAAUAGAAAUGUUGAAAAAAAAACAAACGCAGCUCUAUUAUAUAUUGAAGUCCGCAUGUACCACAAAACAUAUGAAUUUGAUGGAUUCAACGUCCGACGUUGGCCAUACAAGGCAGACAUAACAAAAUCUGACCAAAACGAACUAAUCUGGUUAUCCGUGUUUUUAUGUUUAGAUGUAAUCAAUCAAAUAUAAGCCCACUUACACACACACGUACAGAAAAAUGCAAGAAACAAAGGGCCACACCACCAGAGCCACCAAAGUCCUUCGGCAGAGUAAAUCAACAAACGGAAUGGAUCAAAGCAAUAAUGAAGGGCUAAGCUGUCAAAAAAUGUACGAACGACAUGCUGACCCUGGUUUGUCACGGAAAGGUCAGAAUAUGACCGCAGCUGAUUCAUCUGGUCGCUCGUUGUGCACCCGUGUUUCUUUGCUAUACAAUAAAAUUCAUACAUAAACUUAUGGAUACUCUCAAUGAAAAAAAAAAGUGAAAAUACUAAACAGGUCUUAAGUUUAGGUUGAAUGUUGUUAAGAAGAAAACGGGAGGAUUAGCGCUUAUACAACCACUGCAGAGAGUAAGCACACUAUAGGUUCACGAGUCAUAGCAUCAUCACCGUUAAUGCAAAUUCAAAAGUACGAAUAGAAAAAAAUACUACAAAUUUGGCAAUCAUUCAUCUCACCGAAUCACAUUAACAAACGAAGCUACAUCUAUAUAUCAGAUAAGAAACUUGAAAAUUGCAAAAGAGAAGCAGAGCAGAAUUUGACCCAUGAAAAGUGUAGUAGAGAAGGUCAAAAAAGUCCCUGAAGAAACCUUAUGAUGGACUUAGCACUGAGGAACGGGACGUGUGUCUUUUCGAACAUUUCACACACACAAAGUUUGAAAAACAAAUGCAAGUAUCCAAUAUCCUGACGUAAAACGGUGUACAAAACAACCAAAUUUUAAUACUUUCCAGCGAGAGUAAAAGUUAUGACCUACAACAUACAUAUAAAAAAAAAGGAAAAAAUACGAUGGAAAACCAAUCCUUGAGGGUGAACAUUUUUCUUCAAAUUUUUUAAACUCAGAUUAUCACGAGAAACAAUAUCAAACAUAAAAAAAAACACACACACAUGAUACUGAUAUAAAAACUCAUAGAAAAUAAAAAAAUAUCCAGCCGUUUUAUGUGAGCCGACGUACCACACACACACAAAUGAAAAUUGAUUGUAGUAUUAUUACGAAAAACAAAACAAAAAUAAAAAAUCUAGACUGAGAAUUGUGUGAAAAGAACCCUAACCGUAUCGGGACAGUUCAAGAUGUACUACUGGAGAAGCGCGAAUGGUGGAAAGUGCUACAGACAUGAGCGAACGCAGAUGAAACAAGAAAGAAUAGAGUGAGAAAAACGAGAAAAUAAAUUAGUACGUUGAAGAUUAAACACAGCACGGCUGAAGCAUUCUCUCGGAACUUGAUCUUGAAUGAGUGGGAUAGUGAACGAAUAAAAUUGACAAAAAAAAACAAGGAAUAUUGUUUUAAGUGUAAUGAAACGAAUAAAUGAACAAUAAACAAAGCAA